AUGGUCGGUGCGAUGCAGCGCCAGGAGGAUCAGAUUGUUAGGCUACAGGAGUUGAUGGCGCAGCAGGCGUCGGCUCAGGCGGAUGUUGAGCGACCCACGCCCCCUGUCGUUGUGCCUGGUACGGUGAUAGCGGCGGAGAAGGAGCGCGCGCUUGCGGCUCUCGUGAUGUUCCGAAAAUUUGAUCCACCGGUGUUCGACGGAGAGAAGGUCAAGCCGUGGAUGGUCGAGUCGUGGAUUGACUCGAUGGAUACCCUGUUCGAUGAUCUUUGUACGUUGGAGAAGGAUAAGGUACAUCUCGCCACUCAUUGCUUAGAGCGAACGGCGAAGGUGUGGUGGAGGCAGAUCAAGCGGGAUCGGUCUUCCGACCUUCCGCCGUUAGUGUGGGAGAAGUUUCGGGGUUUGUUGUAUACUAACUACUUCCCCGAUAGCGAGAAAAAGAAGCUCCAGGAUCAGUUCAGGAAGCUGAGGCAAGGUAACCGCUCAGUGGGAGAAUAUGAGCGGGAGUUCUCACAUAUCAUCGGCUGCGUCCCCGACGUGGUGCGGGGCGAUAGGGACCGGGCCAACUGUUUCGAGCGAGGACUCCGGCCGGAUAUCUAUAAGGUGGUUCAUAUCCUCAAGCUUACUACCUUUUCAGAGGUGUUAGAUUGGGCGUUGUGGGCGGAGCAUGGCAAUGCCCACAUUCAUGAGGAGCGAGAAGCGUCCGAGAAGGACGGGAGUAAGAAGCGUGCCCCUGAUGGUUCGGGAGGUCAAUCGAGGUCGAGGAAGCCUCCGAAGUACCUGCGAACACAGUCCAAAGGUCGUGGGGCUCGGCGGUGCAUCAUUUGUGGCGGCGAUCAUGACCCGAAAUGUUGCAAGCAGAAGGAGGGGAGAUGCUACGCGUGCGACCAGGCGGGACAUAUGAGUCGUUACUAUCCAGGGAGGACCUCGCCUGCCCCAUCGAUUGCAUCAGCUCCAGCGACUCUGGGCUACUAUGGAGGAGCUCCACCUACUGCUGUAUCUGCUGGACGUGCUAUGCCGCCGCGUCAGCCUGAGGUGACCCGAUCGGCUCCGAGUGGACGGGUAUUUGCCGCUCAAGCCGAGGAACCUACUAAGGCCGAGGAGCGCAACGUCGUGGUAGGUAUGGUUUUAGUUAGCUCCAGAGCUAUGUUUGAUAUAGGUGCUACGCAUUUAUUCAUCAGUAGACCAUUUGCUGAGAUGCAUGGCAUAGAGGUUCAACUAAGCAAGAGUACUUGUCGGGUUGAAGACCCUGAGCGUGCAUUUGUUAUCCGGAAGGAGUAUUUGGCGUGUCCGGUUCAAGUGGGCAACUGGAUUAUGCUGACACGUUUAUUGGUGCUCAAGAGGUUGAAGGAUUUCGAUCUGAUACUAGGCAUGGACUGGCUCUCGAAGUACUAUGCAUCUAUCGACUGCAAGAGUAGGGUUAUUAUCUUUCGUAAGCUAGGAUAG